AUGAAGAUGGGGAACAAAAAAGAUAAAGAGCCAGGCUCGGAACCUUCUUCUGCAGAAGAGAGUACAGAAGAAUUUAUUGUGGAAAAGAUAAUUGACAAGAGGCUCAAAAGUGGGAAGGUGGAGUAUCUCCUCAAAUGGCGAGGGUAUCCAGAUGAGGAUAAUACAUGGGAACCUGAAGAAAACUUGGCUUGCCAGGAAUUAAUAAAAGCCUUCAAUGCUGCAAGAGAUGACGACAAGAAGUCCACUACUAGUACAGAACACAAGAAGGAAGAUGUCAAGAAGAAGUCCAAUGCAGCUGAGGAUGAUGUUCCAAGAGGAUUUGACAGAGGAUUAGAGCCUGAAAAAAUCAUUGGUGCCACAGAUGCUGGUGGGGAGUUGAUGUUCCUCAUGCAGUGGAAAGGUGCAGAGGAACAUGACUUAGUACCAGCAAAGCUUGCCAAUGUUAGAUGUCCACAACUGGUGAUAAAAUUCUAUGAAGGUAGGCUAAUUUGGCAUGAUUGAGGCACAUUGCAGCCUAUGAACCUCAUCAGCAUCUUCAUGUGCUGUUGUUAUUUCUUGGACUACCUUUAUGUAUAUUGAUACUCAUGACAGGUAUUUGUGCAUAUCCUGUAUUCUUGGAUUCAUUGUUCAUGUUUGAAUGCCUCUGAGAAAGUGUGAUGGGAAAGACAGUCUUUUUGUGUGUGUACAUUUGUGCUUGUGUGGAAGAAUCUCUGAUGUAUAAAUAAAUUCUCUGGGUUGUCAUUGUUGAAGGU